AUGGUUAAGAGUGCUGUAGCAGAAAAGGCCUUCUAUGGGAAGGGCACGCCGGAGACUUUCAUGACUGACAACUGCGAUGCCAUGAGGAAAGCCCUAGCAGCAACCUGGCCUGGAGCUCGACAGUUCCUCUGCAUUUUUCAUUUUCUACAACAAGUAUUGGACUCGAGACACGAAAUCAAGAAAGAAGAUCGCCAGGAACUUAUGACUAUAGUGAAAAGCCUCGUAUAUUCAGCAACGAAGAACGAUUUAUUCACGUCAUGGGGAAAAUUCAAGGCUAAUCCUCUUUCGGAGAAGUAUCCUAACUUUAGAAGCUAUCUAGGCUCACUGAUGGAAAGGAGUGACGAGUGGGCGAUAACGUUCAGGGCAGGUGCGGUGCUACGUGGACAUCACACCAACAACUUCUGUGAGGCAACAAUGUGCAUCAUUAAGGAAGUCGUUCUUAAUAGAUGCAAGGCAUACAACGCAACGCAGCUGAUCAUUUUCAUGGCCGAAAUCUUUGACAGCUACAUGAAGAAGAGGCUGGUGGACGUUGCGCUUGGCAGACGGAGAGUGAAAUCAUUAAGCACGGCUACACUGCCUCUAGAAAUGGUUACUUUCCAAGGUAACGGAAAGUACAGAGUCCAGAGCCAGUCUACUCCAUCCCUUCAGUACGACGUAGAUCUUGUGACUGGAUUUUGUGAGUGUACUGCAGGGGAAAAUGGUUCCUUGUGUAAACAUCAAGCUGCCUGUGCAGACUACAGCAUGACGGUCCUGCCCCAAGUCUUCACUGCCACUACUGAAAACAGACGGUGGCUGGCGUCAGUGGCAGUAGGCGACGAGAAAGUUCCACCCGAAGGCUUUUUUAGAGGACUGUUGGAGCCAACAUUAGAAAAAGAAGAAACUGCCUGUGCUUCUCCUGUUCAGGAAUCCCAGGAAAGCACAGAGAUCCAGCUAAUGCCUCCUGAAGUGAACGUCGAGAAUCAAGAUGAAAAUCCGCACCAGUCUCCAGAUGUUGGCGAGUUUGUAGCUACAUUCCAAAAUGUGGUCGAAAAAUAUGCCAACAGUGACACUGCGGCAGCCCUCAGUACUGCUGUGAGACGGUUAAAGACUGUGAAAAGUGGGAAUCAGCUGAACAGCAUACUGCAGACCUUUGGAAGUGGCCUUUGCAAUAAGGGAGCUGGCAGAGGAAAAUUCGAUGCCAGCCAACAUCUAUCGCAAGAAGAGGGCCAGGAAACCCUGAGGUGCAGCCCGUCUUGGUACGGGACGCCGACCGAGCCACUUACAAAACCCAAAACCAACACGACCGCGAAAUUUGUCCCAAAAUAUUGCGCAGAACGUGGCUAA